AUGUAUAUCAAACAAAUCAUUAUACAGGGCUUUAAAAGCUACAAGGAUCAGACAGUCAUCGAGCCUUUCUCACCAAAGACAAACGUCAUUGUCGGUCGCAACGGCUCCGGCAAGAGUAACUUCUUUGGCGCUAUUCGCUUCGUCCUCAGCGAUGCCUACACGCAGAUGAGCCGGGAGGAGCGCCAGGGUCUCCUCCACGAAGGUUCCGGCUCCGCCGUCAUGUCGGCCUACGUCGAGGUCAUCUUCGACAACAGCGAUGACCGUUUUCCCACCGGCAACAAGGAGGUGGUCCUGCGACGAACCAUCGGCCUGAAAAAGGACGAGUACUCGGUCGAUCGCAAGGUCGUGACAAAGAGCGACGUCAUGAACCUGCUCGAGGCGGCCGGCUUCUCGCGCUCGAACCCUUAUUACAUUGUGCCCCAGGGUCGCGUCACCGCCCUGACCAAUAUGAAGGAGUCGGACAGACUCAACCUACUCAAAGAGGUGGCCGGAACCCAGGUGUACGAGGCUCGCAGGGCCGAGUCACUCAAGAUCAUGUCCGAGACCAACAACAAACGUGAGAAGAUUGAUGAGCUGCUCGAGUACAUCAAGGAACGUCUCGCCGAGCUCGAGGAGGAGAAGGAGGAGCUGCGCGGCUACCAGCAAAAAGACCGCGAGAGGCGCUGCCUCGAGUACGCCUACCACUACCGCGAGCAGGUGACGAUACAGGAGACCCUCGAAGACAUCGACAACGCCCGUCAGGAUGGUCUUGAUACGACGGAUUCCAGCCGUUCGGACCUUGUCGCAAGUAAGAAGGCCAUUGCUCAGAUCGACACCGAGAUCCACAAGCUGCGGCGCGAGAUGGAGCUGCUCCAGAUUGAUCGCCGCCAGCUCGAGGAGGACCGCCGUGAAUGCGCCAAGGAUCUGGCCAAGAUUGAGCUGCGUACCAAGAACCUCGAGGAUGGCCGGUCGACUCGUGAACAGGCCCGUGCUCAGCAGACGGCCGAGCUCGAGUCGGUCAAGGCAGAGAUUGCCGCCAAAGAGACCGAGCUCUCGGCCAUCAUCCCCGACUACAACGCGAGGAAGGCCGAGGCAGACGAGGCCAGGAGAAGGCUGGACUCUGCUGAGGCGACACGAUCCCGCCUGUUUGCCAAGCAGAGCCGCGGCUCGCGCUUCAGGAAUAAGGAGGAACGUGACGCCUACCUCCGUAAAGAGAUCCAGGAGCUGUCAAAGACCAUCGAGACCCAGCAGGCCAACAAGAUCGAUACCGACGAAGAGGUUUCCCGUGUCGAGGCGGCCAUCGCCCAGGCCGAGGAGGAUGUCGCCAGUCUUCGAGCACGGCUUGCCAACUGGAAGGGUGACAGGUCGAACCUGGUGGCGGAAGCGACCGAGGCCCGCGACAAGCUAGACAGGCUCAACGACGAGCGAAAGCUUCUCCGCCGAGAGGACGAGAAGCUCAACUCGCAUAUAUCGGGUGCCCGCCAGGAGAAGGAGACGGCUGAGAAGGAGCUCCGCUACACCAUGGACCGCGAGGUCGCCCGUGGUCUGGCCACCAUCCGCCGCCUUAAGCAGGAACAGGAUAUUCCCGGCACGUAUGGAACGGUAGCCGAUCUUCUCGAGGUCAACGACGCCUACAGGGUUGCGGUGGAGCAGACGGCCGGUGCCCGUCUGUUCAACUACGUCGUCGACAACGAGGAUACGGCGACCAAGCUUCUAAACACGUUGCAGAGGCAGCACGGUGGACGUGUGACGUGUCUGCCCCUAUCUCGCCUCCGCACGCGCCAGUCCAACGUGCCCAAGGCGCACGACGCCGUGCCGCUGCUGAGCAAGAUACAAUACGAGCCCAUGUUUGAAAAGGCCUUCCAGCGAAUCUUUGGCAACACGGUCGUGUGUCCCAACCUGACGGUGGCGGGGCAGUACUCGCGCAGCCACGGCGUCGACAGCAUCACGCCCGAGGGAGACACCACUAACAAGCGCGGAGCGCUGAGCGGUGGUUGGAUCGACCCGCAAAAGUCGCGCAUCAACGCCGUGCGCGCGGCCAACAAGUGGAGGGACGAGUUCGACCAGCUGGUCUCUCGGUCGCGCGACAUCCGUCGGCAGAUUGAGGCCAAGGACCAGGAGAUCACGGGUGCCAUGUCGGAGCUGCAGAAGGCGGAGCAGAAGCUGCGCCAGGCUGACGACGGGUUCGAGCCUGCGGCGCACCAGCUGCGCAGCCUGGUGUCGCACCUCGAAAACGAGCGGGCGCACCUGGACGCGGCCGUCCGGCGCCGUGACACGGUAGACAAGAACGUCAGCGGCUUCAUAGAGGACCGCGAGGCGCUCAAUGCCGAGCUGCAGACCGACUUCAAGAAGAGCCUGACGGCCGAGGAGGAGCAGCAGCUCGAGGAGCUCAGCUCGCUGACGCAGCAGCUGCAGAAGCAGUGGAACGAGGCCAGCGUGGCCCGGCGCCGACUCGAGAGUCGCAAGCAGAUCCUCGAGGCUGACCUCCGUCAGAACCUACAACUCAAGCUCGACCAGCUCAACGGGCAGGUGUUUGAGGACUCCGCCUCAGGAACGACGUCGGAGGGUCUCACAGAUGUGCGCCGCGAACUGGCCAAGGCGCAGCGGGCGUCCAACUCGGUCGACGCCGACCUCGCCGAGAUCGAGGCCAAGGCCGAGCAGGUCAACUCUCGCAUCAACGAGCUGACAUCCGACAAGGCGAAUCGCGAACAGGCGCAGGCUGAGAUCUCGGCGCGCAUCGAGAAGCAGCAGAAGCGCGUCGAGAAGAGUCUUGCCAAGAAGAGCAUCCUCAUGAAUCAGCUGGCCGAGUGUGCCAAGAACAUUCGCGAUCUUGGCGUGCUGCCCGAGGAGGCGUUUGACAAGUAUGAGAACAUGGAGACCAAGACUGUAAACGAGGCCCUGAAGAAGUACAAGCACGUCAACAAGAAGGCGUUUGAGCAGUACAACAGCUUCACGACGCAGCAGGACCAGCUGAUGAAGCGACGCAAGGAGCUGGACGAGUCGCAAGGAUCCAUUGAGGAGCUGGUGGAGCACCUGGACCGACGCAAGGAUGAGGCCAUCGAACGCACUUUCAAGCAGGUGUCGCGCGAGUUCUCGACCAUAUUCGGCAAGCUCGUUCCCGCGGGACACGGGCGGCUGGUGAUCCAGCGGCGUGCGGACCGGGGCCGUCAGCCCCAGCCGCCGCCGGACGAGUCCGAAGACGAGGCGGCCCGCGGCAGCGUGGAGAACUACAUCGGCGUGGGCAUCAGCGUCUCGUUCAAUUCCAAGGAGCUGGACGAGCAGCAGCGCAUCCAGCAGCUCAGCGGCGGGCAGAAGAGUCUGUGCGCCCUGUGCCUCAUCUUCGCCCUCCAGGCCACCGAGUCGUCUCCCAUGGUCAUCUUUGACGAGGUGGACGCCAACCUGGACGCGCAGUACCGUACGGCCGUCGCGUCACUGCUCCAGUCCAUCUCGAACGAGAUCGGCACCCAAUUCAUCUGCACCACCUUCCGUCCGGAAAUUGUGCUUGUCGCCGAUAAGAGCUAUGGCGUGACAUUCCGUAACAAGACUUCCUCCAUCGACUGUGUCAGCACGGAGGACGCUCUCGAGUUUGUUGAGGGACAGGCCAAACCUGCUUAG